CGGAACAUUGAAGUUUUUGACCCGCUUCCUCAUGCUACAUCGACCGCAGCAAUGCCGCCCAACAUGAUUAUAUUGACUCGCUAGAGUAUAAAUGUGGGCGAUCGGACGGACUGAAAAUGACCAUAUUCAAUAUGAGAUUCCCUGCUCCUCUCGUGCUCUUCGCUGGCUUUCUCGCCGCUACACUCGCUGGAGCCCAAGGUACCGACGACCCCCGGGAUCCUGACCUUAUCUUGUACCAACUGGCCGAAGGUACCAAUAUGGAGUUCUUCGAGCGCACAUGGGUAACUGGUUGUGUGAACUAUGACCUUUCACGUUUCAACAUUGUGAAGAAGAUUAGAACCCAGCCUGGGGAUUGGGAGGGAAACAAUACUUCUACCGAAGUCAGAACAGUUUGUAUACUCGAAGAUGCUGACGGAAAUACUCUAAAUGUUACGGAAGAGCUCGCUGAGCGAUGGGGAGCCACUCGCAUCGAGUAGAAGAAGGCAGGCUCUGAAAUGUGGGCGUAGUAAUGAAUUAAUGAUGUUUCACAUACUACCAGUGAAACAUAUCUAAAUCCCGUAAUCCCGUUGCAAUAUGACAAAGGUGAAUCGGAAUUGCCAAC